GUUUUCGCGCAAUACUUAAAUCACGGUGUAACACUGGCAAUAGGGUUAAUUACUACCGUUGAUGUGAAAGUAAUUAAGUUAUCGACUGUUUGGAUCAGUACCUUCAACCCGAAAAUUUCAGUUAGUUGGUUGCUAAUUUUGUGAACAAUUUAUACGCACAUGAUUUUGUGAUUUACUUAGUCCAACUGAUCGAGAUUCGAUCAAACUACACCUUUUAGUGCAAAGGAAUAUAAUUGAUGUUGAAUUAAUGACAGAACAUAAAAGUCCUGCAGAUAUCAAUGAAGUAUUACCUCCAUCUUUAGCUGCAGUUAGAGACAUAUUUUCGGAGUUUAAUGUCUCAGAAGUUUCGGAUGAAAUAUGUACACGGGUUUUGGACGUUUUGUAUAGACACACAUGCGAUGUUAUUGAAGAGGCAAGGGCUGUUUCUCAUCAUGCCGGUCGAGCGAAAAUUGAAGAAGAUGACAUACAACUGGCCAUCAAUUCAGUUACAGAUGGACUUAUGUUUGCACCUCCAUAUAGAGAUCAGUUACUAGCUUAUGCCGAAAAAAAUGAACAGCCAUUGCCAGCUAUUCGUCCUCAUUGUGGUAUUCGUUUGCCGGCCGAGCGCUUCACGCUCACAGCUCCAAAUUACUCACUUUUACCAAGUGUAGACAACACAAAAACAAAUCCUUCAUCUGAACUCGCCACUGAUUCUUCAAUGACACUUCAUAUAUCCAACCCGGUGAAUUCUACCAAAAAUAUAUUUAGAGCUAUUAAUCCUUCAACCAGACCAAUUACUGUCGGCAAUCCUAUGGGACCAUCUGUUCACGUUAUUGCCGCUCCAGGAAUGGGACCUUCUAUGAUUCGCGUUCAAACUGUCCAAAAUGUUGCUCAGCUGUCUAAUGUAGACACUAGCACUGGUUUACGAACACUUCCUGUCGGUCCUACAGUAUCCAGUGUCAUGUCUUUAAAUCGACGUUUCAUGGAUACAUCAUGAUUAGGUUGGUUAAUAACUAGCCAUACUCUUCCAGGAUUAUUUUUCGUGCCAACGUGAAACUGGCAUCUUCGACGUCGUUUCAGUGAUAAAUUUUCCCAUCUAUUGCUUUCGUUUGUAUUGAUGUAUAUAUUGUUCGAUUGUAUAUAAACUGUUAUAAUUUUUGUCUUAUUUUUUUAUUAAUUAAGUUGUCAAUUUACUGAGCUAUGUUUUUAAAAACCUGUAGAAAGUAAAUUAACUCUACAACUUUAAAAUAUAAAGUAGUUUUUAUGUAUAUAAAUUUUGCAAUUCUCUGUGUAUUCCUGCUGAGACAGUGAAAAGCUAAGUUCACCAAAUAAAU